UUAAGUGUGACGGCCACGAUUUAAUUCUUUUCUCAAAAGCGCCGCUUUUAUUUAGGUCGGCGCGGAGAUUCGAGACGCUGCCGAUGCUUCCUCGUCUUCCACCUUUCUUUUUCCCCCUCGAUUGAUCGUCGAACUCGUCGCAACUGAGACGUUCGAAGAUGGUUUGGUGUUUAAUCCCCAUCGAUUCCCUUCGUGGUGCUCAGAGGUACUACAUCUUCUCUGCUGGAACCUACAAAGUUGGCCGAAAAGAUUGUGAUGUUAUAGUACAAACGGACACAUCGAUAUCACGGGUUCAUGCUGAAAUUGUUGUUGAGAAAAUGGUUUCUCGGGAUCCUUCACAUACUGUGUCUGCAGAUUUUCCAUCACAUGUUUAUAUAGUAGACCGCUCAAAGUAUGGUACCUCUAUAAACAAAGAAUCAGGGAAUGAUGGUUCUCGUAUAAACAAAGAUCAGCAGGUGGUUCUCAAAGAUGGGGACUCUGUAACAUUCGGAACCGGCACUGCAACAUUCAGGUUCUCUUUUAUUCCUCUCAUAACAUUUGUUCAGAAGUUCGUUCGAAUUGAUCCUUCGUUGCAGGCCAUUAUGUCAUCUAUUGGUGUAUACACCACUCGUAAGUGGAGUGAUGAGUGUACACAUGUUCUAGUUGAUGAGUCUUCGCCGUUGACGCCUGAGCUUAUUGAAGCAGUCUUAACGAAAAAACAGAUUGUUUCUGGUGAUUGGUUUAAGGUGCUUGCUGAGCAAAAUAUACGGACAGAAAUGCCAUCUUGUGCUUCCUAUGUUCCAAACUUGACUCUUGAUGGAACAGCGGUAAAGGCAGUGGAGGCGAAUCUUCGUGAAAGUUGCCUGGUUGGCUAUACAUUUAUUCUGGGAUCGUCACGUAAGUAUAAAUUUGGAGAGAAGCUCCAUUCGCUACUUGAACUAGCAGGAGCAAAGUUCCUCCAAGUUGAUGAAUAUUGUUCAAAUAGUCAGACAUCGGCUGGUGGAGAAAAUAACCAGAUAGUUCUUGUUGUUCCUGCAAAAUCAAUAACGGAAUUUGAUCACUCACGUGAGCUAUCGUCUUUAUCUAAAGUUACUGAUUUGAAGUUAAUCGCAGCUAUAUUAUCUGGACACUUGGACUCGGCCGUCAUUGAGCCACCUGCUUUUAUCGUCUCAUCUUCACAUUCCACUGACGAGACUGUAGUAGCGGAUUCCGAUGUUGAAAUCGACACUGCAACUUCCGAUCAAGCUGCCGUCGCUGUCAAAUCCCAAAAUGAAAUUAAACCUAAAUGUGAUGAGAAAUGUUCAAAAGAAAUUUUGAAAGAUGAAGGAGACGCUACAAAAUUGGAAGGAGAAAAUAAUGCAAACCUUUCAGCUGAUUCAGAUAAGGUUUUAAAGCCCAGGGACGAGGAUGCUCGGAUUAUAGAGAGAAGGGACAAAGGCGAUGACUCUAUUGCCGACAGACAUGAAAAUUGUGAUAUACUAUUCAGUCAAGAUUUGAUUGUUAGAACUAUCCAAAUGCCAGCUCCUGUUAGAUCUACUGAAACAGAAGUCAACUUCAAGCGCUUUAGAAAGAGAGAAACUGUGUCCGGCAACAGCUUUAGAGAUCUCAUUCCGUUUUCCAAAGAUCCAUACAAAGAAUCAGACGAUGAGAGUAACAAAUCGAUAGAAUACAUGAGGGAGGAGAAGAAGCGAAAGCAAAUGGAAGCUGUUGCUGAGGAUCUGUUCAACAAUGAGAAGGCAAGGAAACGCGCAGGUGCCGGUACUUCAAUUCAUUCCCUCCUUGCUAGUAGGUGACAUGGACAGAGAACUGAUGUUAUAUAUUGUCACUGAUACCGGAAAUUCUUAGCAGAGAAUCCCACCAAAUUGCACACUCUAGCUUCACAGACGAAGAUCAUAAUUAUCCAAAUCCAGUGGACUGUCACUUGUGAAACCCUUAUCGGUGUGAGCUGCGGCCAUCUCAAUCAGGUAGGAAACCAGACUUAUGUUAUCAAAAGAGCUACAUUUUCGUAGUAUAUGGAUGUACGUAUAAAUCAAGAGAUAUAUCAGCAAGGCCUUUCCUGUAUAUUGUGUUGUCUUUUGUCCUAAUUUAGUUAUUUUAUUUUAUUUUAUUUUUCCUGAAACGUACCUUUCUAGUUUCUGGUAUAAAAUGGUCAUAGACAUUUAUGCUUAA